AGGCUGAAACGACAUACAACCCUCUCACUGCCCAUCAGACGGAGUCUCAUUCAACGUUCUCUCUCCUGUUAUCGGCUGUGCCGUACAGCCGCUUGCUUGUCUUCUUAUUCUAUCUCUUUACCGUAUCAUCGAGUUUCUCAGCCACCCACUGUAAUCUGGCACCAAGAUAUAUUCCAUUCCGGCCGACUUAAAUAUGAGCGCACCAUCCAGCUACGAUCCUGCGCCAAUCUAUGACAGCGUAGAUAUCGACAUGGUUGUCAAAGUUCUGUCGCAGACAGCUUUCAGUCCCUUCUUUACGUGUUUCAUACCCAUAUUCUAUAUUUUUCAAGGUUACGAGUUCGUAAAUCCAGUCGUGCUCAUUCCAUCCAUAUAUUGCGCAGCUGUUUCUGCUUUCUGGCUCUUGAAGUGGAUCUCACAGCUGUAUCGCAAUCAAGGGAGCUUUUUCUUUAAACCUAAACCCUUAGAUUGGAGCGAACAGAUUGUGGUCAUCACUGGAGGCGCUUCGGGAGUAGGAGAACUGUUAGCAAACACUCUCGCUGUCCGCAACGUCACGGUGGUUGUACUUGAUGUCAAACCAAUAGUAACUGAAAACUACAACAUCGUUUAUUACCAAUGUGACGUUUCGAAGUGGGAGGAGGUCGAGGCCGUUUCGAAGAAGAUCAUUGACGAGAUCGGGCAACCCACUAUGCUUGUCAACAACGCUGGCGUUGUGCAAGGGAAACUCAUCAUCGAUCUCAAACCAGAGGACGUAUACCAGACAUUUGGUGUGAAUACCCUGGCCCAUUUCUGGACCUUGAAGGCGUUCUUACCGGGAAUGAUCAAAAACAAAACUGGUCAUAUUGUGACGAUGUCGUCUGUUGUGGGCUUCGUUGGCUGUGUCCGGAUGGCCGAUUAUAAUGCAUCAAAGGCAGCUCUGAUGAUCAUCAAUGAGUCUCUGCGUUACGAGCUCGACAAAGUGUAUGAUGCGCCGGGGAUUCGUACCACCAUCGUUUGUCCAGGACACAUUUUAACCCCUCUAUUCUCCACUGUCCAACUGCCAUCCAACCCCUUCUUCCAGUUCUUUGUACCAUCCAUCGCGCCGGUGACAGUAGUGAAGGCGAUCAUCACUGCACUUGAUGCACAGCAGUCCCAAACUAUUUUUCUGCCGUUUUACACGAAUUUUUCACCGGUGGUUAGGAUGAUACCCAGUUACCUUAGGGAUAUUUGCCAGAAGUUCUCCGGAGCUGAUUAUUCUAUGAGGAAUUUUACGAAGGUAACAGCACGCAGGCCGGAUGAGGUAGAUCUUCUCGUUGCUAACGGUAAAGACUGAGGGCACUGUACCGGCGCUGUUAAUAUCACUGCAGCAAUAUACUGGACACAGCCGCCGGAUUAUCAGUUUCCUAUGAUCUGUCAAAGUUCUACUAUUGGGUUUGCAGCUUUGGCUGUGCAGUGGUAAUAUUACUGGCAUUUCCCUGAUGGGUUAUGUCUGAUCAAGGCCUUGGACUUCGAAGCUUAACUGAACAAGUAGUAGAAGACUACUUGUAUGUGCAACCCGGCUGUGUAUUUUGUGGGUUUGAUAUUAAUCCCUGGCUGUUAUGUUCCUACAGGAAUAUCACAAUUGCC